AUGCCAUCCGAGCAAGGUCACCGCCUCUACGUCAAGGGACGUCACCUCAGCUACCAGAGAGGCAAGCGCAACACCAACCCCAACACCAGCUUGAUCAAGAUUGAGGGUGUCGACGACUCCAAGGCCGCCAGCUUCUACCUCGGAAAGAAGGUCGCCUUCGUCUACCGCGCCUCCAAGGAGGUCCGCGGCACCAAGAUCAGAGUCAUGUGGGGCAAGGUCACCCGCGCUCACGGUACAUAUCCCAUGGACAACAGAAAGAGUCAAGGAAGACAUCUGACGCAAAAUUUACAGNGCAACUCUGGUGUCGUCCGCGCUCAGUUCCGCAACAACCUCCCUCCCCGUUCGUUCGGUGCCACCGUCCGCGUCAUGCUUUACCCCUCCUCGAUAUAA